UGAUUGCUUUGUUCUUCAAAUUAAUUGAGUUCAAAGAGAGAGAGAGAGAGAGAAAGCAGCUACUUGUGAAGUGAUUGAGAGCUUGAGUUUGGAGAUUAGAUGGCUUCCUCUAAUGGUGGUGUGCCGCCGGGAUUUAGGUUUCAUCCGACGGAUGAAGAGCUUCUUCAUUACUACUUGAAGAAGAAGGUCUCCUUUCAGAAGUUUGACAUGGAUGUUAUUAGAGAGGUCGACUUGAACAAGAUGGAGCCUUGGGAUUUGCAAGAACGAUGUAGAAUUGGAUCAACUCCACAGAACGAGUGGUAUUUCUUCAGUCACAAGGAUAGAAAGUACCCUACAGGUUCAAGGACUAAUAGAGCAACGAAUGCAGGGUUUUGGAAAGCAACAGGAAGAGACAAGUGCAUUAGGAACAGCUACAAGAAGAUUGGAAUGAGAAAAACCCUUGUGUUUUACAAAGGAAGAGCUCCUCAUGGACAAAAGACCGAUUGGAUCAUGCAUGAGUACCGUCUAGAAGAUGCCAAUGAUCCUCAAGGAAGCGCCAACGAAGAUGGGUGGGUGGUGUGCAGAGUGUUCAAGAAGAAGAAUUUAUUCAAGAUUGGAAACGAAGGUGGGUCUACACAUAACCCAGAUCAACAAAUGAACAAUUCCUCAAGCACUAAUGGACGCUCCUUCAUACACAGAGAAAACCAUUACUUGCUACACCAACACCAAAAUCAUAGAAACUCAGCAGGGCUCGAGCUUGAUAAGCCUGAGCUCGCUCUCCAUUACCCAAACUUGCAAAAUCCCCAAUACUCACUGUUCCAAUCACAAACCCUUCUUCAAACCCAAAAACCUAUGGUUUUUGACUACUCCUAUGCAUCAUCUAUACCUUCAGACACCCCUAUAAUGGCAAAGCAACUGAUGGGAAACCCUAGGGAGUGUGAGAGUGGCAGCGAGGGCCUAAGAUAUCAAGUUUCGGAGUCUGGCAUUGAAGUUGGAUCGUGCGAGCCAAAUCACGAAGUGGGUGGCGGAAGAGGUGAAGGAAUAAACGAAUGGGGCGUUCUUGAUAGGCUAGUUACUUCCCAUCUUGGGAAUGAAGAAUCAAACAAAGGGGUGAGGUUUGAGGAAGCAAACCCUCAGUCUGUGCAUCAGAUCAACCAGCUUUCGUUACGGGGAGAGAUGGACUUCUGGGCCUAUGGAGGAAAACAAUGACUUCCCUUUCUUACUGAGUAUCAAAAUUACACUGAUGAUAUUUUAGUAUCAAUAAGUGUAUUUCGAAGAUACACUUAAAGAACAACCUACAAAACUCAGCACCUUCUACACUCAGAUCAACCAAACGAAUUAAUGUGUUAGGGUUGGAGAUAAUUAGAUGCCUCUAACCAUUUUAAAAUAUGGAUCAAGAAGAUACUAUUUUUAUAUUUAUUUUCAUAUAUACUGGUUUCAAUUGUUUAUGUUUGAAGACAUCGUUAAUUGUAAUAUUUCAAUCCAUUUGUUUCCCAAGUACUACCAUUGAAAACAAAUGCAAUUAUGGUGGUGUUGAUUAA